AAAGGCUCAAAGCUAAUCUUCUGAACAGCCCAGUCUACCCAACACGAAGGCACCUUCGACGGUCCGCCCUCUUCCCCAUCCCACCCGCGACGGCCGACGGCCUCCUGACUCCUUCCGCCGUCCGCCCGUCCCGCGCCGCCUAGGCGUUGUCCCGCCACUUGAAGGAGGUCGUCUCCUCCGACUCAGGGCUUCCCUCUCCAUCCGAGCUUGGAUCGCUGCUUCUUUUCCUGGUCUUGUCAUUCGUGAGUUCAUACUCCAGUUAUCUGCAUCACAAGGGAAAUGGCAAGCAAAGCAGGUGGUGAUGGCAAAGAAGCCAUAAACGAGCAAGUAAUUGCCAACACUUAUGCCAACAUGCGUACCGAAAUGAACCAGCUCUACACCAAGAUCACAGAGCUGGAGAUGGAGGUCAGUGAGCACUCCCUUGUGAUCGGUGCGAUCGAACCGCUGGACCCCUCGAGGCGCUGCUACAGGAUGAUCGGCGGCGUCCUGGUCGAGAGGACCAUCAGGGAGGUCCUGCCUGCGGUGAAGCGCAACAAGGAGGGACUCGAAGAGGUGAUUGCUCGCAUGCAUGAGGCGCUGGAGAGGAAGAAGAAGGAGAUCACCGAGUUCGAGCUCAAGUACAAGAUCAGGAUCCGGAAGGCUGACAAUGACGCCGAGGACGAAGGCGGCAAGAAGGAAGGCACUGCUCAGGGAGUCCUUGUCGGUCCUGCCUGACAGUAAAACUUGAUUAGAGAGACCUGCAUGCUACUAGUAUUUUAUAUGGUGCCCAGGAUACUCUUCGCUACUCAGGGAGUAGAUGUGUGUGUGUUUUGGGGUGACAUGCUUCUGUAGAACCAGCGAUUUUGUGUAAAAGAUGAGGACCGAUGCGAACUGAAAUAGUUUGGCAGGUUGAGUCAUGGUUUGUUUCUUUAUCUGUUCUUCGGGUGCUGAGUAUUUCUGUUUGUUGAUGACUGAUUGCAAAUUUCCCAGGACCACAAUUUCUGUUCGGGACUCCUUUUACUAUCUUCUCAAGAUAAUUGUGGAUUA